GAAUGGCUGUACCACCGUUGCCGAGGCGACGACUUGGUUACUUCCGUUGGUAACAAUACUUCCGGGUUGGCGUUGCAGUGGCGCUUCCGACUGUGGGAGCCUCGGCUUCCCAGUCGUCCGAUGAGCCCGAGCAGCACCAGAAAAGUGCCACUGUAAGCCAUGAGAUGUCUGGUCUGAAUUGGAAACCCUUCGUAUAUGGCGGCCUUGCCUCUAUUGUUGCUGAGUUUGGAACUUUCCCUGUGGACCUGACCAAAACGCGACUUCAGGUUCAAGGCCAAAGUAUUGAUGUCCGCUUCAAAGAGAUAAAAUACCGAGGAAUGUUUCAUGCCUUGUUCCGAAUCUAUAAGGAAGAAGGUGUAUUGGCUCUGUAUUCAGGAAUUGCUCCUGCUUUACUAAGACAGGCAUCAUAUGGCACCAUUAAAAUUGGCAUUUACCAGAGCUUGAAGAGAUUAUUUGUAGAACGUUUAGAAGAUGAAACUCUUUUAAUUAAUAUGAUAUGUGGGGUAGUGUCAGGAGUGAUAUCUUCCACUAUAGCCAAUCCCACCGAUGUGCUAAAGAUUCGAAUGCAGGCUCAAGGAAGCUUGUUCCAAGGCAGCAUGAUUGGCAGCUUCAUUGAUAUAUACCAACAAGAAGGUACCAGGGGUCUGUGGAGGGGUGUUGUCCCAACUGCUCAGCGGGCUGCCAUCGUUGUGGGAGUAGAGCUACCAGUCUAUGACAUUACAAAGAAGCACUUAAUAUUGUCAGGGGUGAUGGGAGACACAAUCUUAACUCACUUUGUUUCCAGCUUUACGUGCGGCUUGGCUGGGGCUCUGGCUUCCAAUCCAGUUGAUGUGGUUCGAACUCGCAUGAUGAACCAGAGGGCAAUUGUGGGACAUGUGGACCUCUACAAGGGCACUUUGGAUGGUAUUUUAAAGAUGUGGAAACAUGAGGGCUUUUUUGCACUCUAUAAAGGAUUUUGGCCAAACUGGCUUCGACUUGGACCCUGGAACAUCAUUUUUUUUAUUACGUACGAGCAGCUCAAGAGGCUUCAAAUCUAAGGACUGAAUUAUAUGUGAGUCAAGCCCUGCCAACCUUUCUACUCUUCCUUUCCCUUUUUCUGUGUUCUAAUGUAUUUUGACAAAGUUGUAAGUGUUUACUGAACCAUUGGUCUCCCAAGGCCCUCCUGAUGGAAGAACGAUAGGAUGGUUCAAAAUUGCUCAUGUGUUUGUGUUGCCAUGUGAACUUUUCCCUGAGAGGAAGUAUUAACAUUGAGACUCUGGCCCCAGAUUGGUAUCUUCUGUGAAGAUGGAUACUGAUGGAUGACACUCAAAAUGAUCUUCUCUUCAAAUGUGGGUUAAAUGUAGUUUGUUAGCCCCAGACUUGGGCUAGAGCAGAAGGCAUAGGACAGGGCAGUUACUGCUAUUUAUGUUACAGACCUCGGUUCUCAUUAAAGUAUUUAUUGGCA